CUGCAGGCAACAUACAAAUGAGAAAAUCCUAAAGCCGGGUGAGCGUCCGUGACAUGCUAUGAAGCGUUAAGUAUAUCUGUAAAUUACCAUCAUUCGUAAUUGAUAGCAGUGAAACUACCGAUCGCCCAAAUAAACGUAUUUCACUUAUACGAGUGUGUUACGGAGUUUAACGAUCGUAUUUGAUGGAUAAUCACAGUAACUAUGAUACAUGCCAUCGUACCAGAAGAUAACAAGUUACUAUAUUGAGCGGUAUCAUAAUGACAUUGCUUUUCGUCUCGGAACUACAAGCUUAUCUGUCACCAGACGUUUCGGAAGAGCUAUUUGUGGAUACUUCAAGAGGAACCAAACUCCGGAUAAAUCUGGACAUUAUUAUACCUUCUAUUUCUUGUGAAUUUUUGGUGCUUGAUGCUAUGGACACAUCAGGCGAGCAACAUCUGCACAUUGAGCACAAUAUAUACAAGAGAAGAUUAGAUAAAUCAGGAAAUCCAGUUGAAGAACCACGAAAAGAAGAUUUGGGAGCUACAAUAACUGGUGCACAGUUUUCGCAGGACAGCAACACAACAAAGGAAACUUGUGGAAGCUGCUAUGGGGCUGGUGGACCAAAUGAGUGUUGUAAUACAUGUGAAGAAGUUAAACAAGCAUACAGGAGAAAACAGUGGGCAAUUGACAAGUUGCAAGAUGUUAAACAGUGUCAAGUGGAGAAUUAUUCAGACAAACUGAAAACAGCUUUUACUGAAGCUUGUCAAAUAUAUGGCUAUAUGGAAGUGAACAGAGUAGGGGGCAGUUUCCAUAUAGCACCUGGCCAGAGCUUCUCUAUAAAUCAUGUGCAUGUGCAUGAUGUGCAGCCAUUUUCUUCGUCCAAUUUCAACACAUCACAUCGUAUAACACAUUUAUCAUUUGGUAAAAACAUUCCUGGAAAAACAAAUCCUAUAGAUGGCACUGAAGUUGUUACUCAUGAAGGUUCUACAAUGUUUCAGUACUAUGUCAAGAUUGUUCCUACAACAUAUGUGAGCAAAGAUAACACAAUCUUACUUACAAACCAGUUUUCUGUAACCAGGCACCAGAAAGUUAUAUCUACAAUCAGUGGUGAAUCAGGGAUGCCUGGAAUUUUUUUCAACUACGAGUUGGCUCCUAUGAUGGUGAAGUACACUGAAAGAGAAAGGUCAUUUGGACAUUUUGCAACUAAUGUAUGUGCCAUCAUAGGUGGUGUAUUCACAGUGGCUGGUCUUAUUGAUUCUCUGUUGUAUCACUCAUAUAAAGCUAUUCAGAAGAAAAUUGAGUUGGGGAAGGUGAAUUAAAACCAGUUUUCCAUCAAGAGUCGUACUGAAUGAGCAAAAAUGCUUCCACUUAGUGGCUGUUCCCUUGGUGUUAUGAAAAGCCUACAAGUCAGUUACACCAUUGGGGAAUAGAGGUAUUUGAAUGAAGUUUAAAUUGUCAAUUAAAUAUCUACAGUUGAAAUGUGUCUUGAUUACCUUAGAUUUUUUGCAUUAAUUGUCAGACACUUACUUUUAUGAAUGUAAUUUCCAAAAGAAUUCGUUUAAUUAAUUACAUUGCAUUUAUGUACCAAAAAUAUACAAAGUUAUGCAGAUAACUUACAUUCCUUGCAAAAUGAAACAUCUUUGCUUAUGGUAGAGUGUAAGAACUGGUGUUUUAAUCUGAUUUUCAGUAUUAAACGUAAUCAUAAAUAGUCAUUGUUGCCUACAUAUCAGUUUUGUAAUUGUUUUCUUUAUUGACUAUUGUGUUUUUACACGUUAAUUAAAAGACAAGAAAAAGUUA